AGCUCCUGCUCCAUCUUAUCCAGCUCCUGCUCCCACUUAUCCAGCUCCAUCAUAUCCAGGCCCAGUUGCGUCUUACCCUGCCCCAUCUUACCCAGGCCCUGUUGCUUCUUAUCCAGCUCCAACUUACCCAGCACCUGCUCCAGCUCCUUCGCCUGCUCCAAGUUAUCAGCCACCAUAUGAACCACUUUAUUCCGGCGAUUACGUGCCACUUUAUGCUUCUCCGAAUUGGCCGAAUAAUCAGCAGGUUGUCUACCGCACUCCUUCAAUGCCACCAUCACUGCCAUAUCAGCAGCAGUCAAUGAACCCGCGAGAAAUGAAAAGACCAAAAAGGUCCUUCAUUACUGGAAAGGAAUUCCAAGUCGUUCAAAGCGUGGAUUCAUUCAUUGUGGAGCAAGUGUUUAGCUUGGAUUCAGCAUUUGGGUCGCAUGGAGAAAUGUUCCAAGACAGGAGAUUCCGUAGAGCACCAGACGGAUCCCCAACAAUCAAAGUAGGAAACUCGACUGAGGUCUGGGCAGACUGCAAAGACUCUCAAGUUACGCUGAAACUGGACGAUGCUCAGGGUUUCCAGGGAAGCAUUUCCCUGAGGUCAAUUGCAGAUGAUGCAGCAGAAGCUUGUGAAGUGGAGAGGCAAAUAGAUGGCGAAGAAGGCUUAGAAAUGUCACUUUCCAGAGACGCAUGUCAGGGAAUGGAUGACAUUUAUUCUGUGCCCCUUGUGGGGUCAAGAGAGUGCGUGGGGAGGCCCGAGCGUAGCAUCCUCGCUCGGGCUCCACAUGUGCAAAGUUACAAUGCUCACGGAACCAAGGUCCUGCAUGGCACCCGGUUACCGCCUGGCGGAACCGGUUCAUUGCAAGUGUCACUACCGGAAACGUCACCAAAUCUGAGACAAUCGAUUGCUACACCGAAGAAAUCUUCGUGGUUACUUGACGGAAACGCCAAGCAUCAUCAUGUGGGCCAGGAUUCCCGACCAAAAUGGAAACGGGCCACCGGCAGCAGGCCAAGACUGGCCCGUCCAGCGACUCCUCACCAUUUUCUUCUUCUUCUCAUUAUGAUGAUGACGUUGAUGCUGGUGUGCUGCAUGAUGACGACGACGAAUGCAGCCCCGAACCCGAACCCAGAGGCUGCUGUGGGUGUCAUUGCCACAGCAGCAGGAAUGGCAGGAAAGGCCAUAGACUUAAUCACUGUCGUCGGGGAGAUGAUCAGUCCUUUGCCGAAAUCAGAGCCCGAAAUCGAACCCGAUCCCUACCCUCAUCACCUGGACGAUAGCGAUGAUGAGGAAAUCUUACCCCAUGAUAAGGAACCCAAGUCUCCCGCCGGCCCCGCGUCGUCAGCAAUAGAACCCAUGAACCCUGUAAUGAAAAUGUCUGCAUUCAGGAAGUUUCUCAUGAGCGUCAUGGAAAAAUUCGACGCUGGUUUGGAUCCAGACGCCGCUGCGAAAAAGUUGAAAGAAGAAUUUGUGAAAUCCCAAGAUGACACAAAGUCAAGUUUGUCUCUAAUGCCUCUGGAAAGUGGAGUUGCUGUAUCCAGCAGCAGCAGCAAUAGUCAGCGUCCAGGCAGAGACUCAAGGACAAAUCUUGCACCUGCAAAACCGUCUGAUAACCUGAUGCAACAGCAACUCCAGGCAUCGAAAGUCUUGGCUGCUGAUUAUGCUAAAAGGCAGUUGACUUCGCCAGAUGGUGAAACAAACGCGGUUUGUGGGGAACAUCAUGACAACUGCGUGGUGGACUGCAAAGUGGUCUGCGAACCAGACAGUGUCAACAUAUUGGUCAAG